UCGGCGACCACAAUCUGAACGAAACGGAAAAGGGAGCGGCAUUUACGCAAUUUAAUAAGAGAAACUGCAGCCCCAUUUCUUCACUUUGUUCGAACGGUUCGAACAUGGAAGCAGAAGUAAUUUACGACGUGCCUGGUCCUUCAAAUGCGGAGGACCAAAAUGCAUCAAAAACGGAGGAUGAAGGGUCGGUGCGAAUUCGGCUGCCCACGAGGGUGAAAAAGGUGAAGAAGAAGGAAGGGGAGUAUUCGGUGAGAGCCCUGAAGGUCGCUUUCGUCAGCUGUGCCAUUUUCUACGUCGUCACCACCGCCCUCCUCAACUACUUCCUCCUCGCCGACAAAAUGUGCAAUGUGGAGGAGCGUUUGCUUGGAAUAUUCGGUUUGCUCAAGAACGCAAACAGCGAGGAGUUAAAAUUGAAGGCAGAAUUUGAACAUAUUCUAUUGAUAAAAUUUAACGAGACAAAUGAGCAAAUCAAGGAAUCGGCAAAACGCGCCAACGAUCGCCAGAAACAGGCAUUAGAUAGAGAGAAGCUAUUGACGCAAAGUGCCAAUGAGACGAAUCAAAAACUGAAAGAAUGGGCCAAAAACGCCGACGAUCGCCACAAACAGUUGGCUAAAAGUGCCAAUGAGAUGAAUCAAAAACUGAAAGAAUUGGCCAAAAACGCCGACGAUCGCCACAAACAGGCUCUGAAAAUGAUGGCUGAAGAAAAUAAGAAGUUGGCGAGAAGUGUUAAUGAGACGAAUCAAAAACUGAAAGAAUUGGCCAAAAACGCUGAAGAUCGCCACAAACAGGCUGUGAAAAGCGAUGAACUGGUGGUUGAGAAGUUGGCGAGAAGUGCCGACGAGGUAAAUCAAACACGGAAAGAAUUGGUGAAUAUCGCCGAUGUGCGUUAUGAACAGAUGUUGAAAAAUGAGGAGGAGAAGGCGGCAGAAAUCAAGAAAGCGUUUCUGCAACAGAUUUUGGCACUGAAGAACGAAACUCGGUUGGAAAAGGAGUCGACAGAAGAACGUUUUAAAAACCUUUCUCAGAUGAUUCGGCAAAAUGACAAUGCGGCUAAUGAUAAGCUGGCCCACUUGGCUAAAAUUGCUGAGCGCGACCUUUGGCUCAAGCAAUACAAAUUUACGUCCAACUGCUCUCUUGCCAAAAAGGCAAAUUUGACUAGGCUGUCCAACGGCAAGAAGUAUUACUUUCAUACAUAUUCUAAGAACUGGAUUGAAGCGAACAAGACUUGUGCGUCGAUGGGCCUGCAUUUGGCGACUCUGAGAGACCACACCGACCUGAACGUGACCAGGGCACACGCCAACGCCACUAGGCGUGGAUCUGACUGGUGGGUGUCUACAAUCAACUACGAAAUCCCAACGCGAUACAACGUUCGUUGGCACGACGGCUCAGAACUGCCACAAAACAGCACCUUGUGGAAAUACGGUGCUGACAAACUCGGGGGCUGCGUCUAUUUAUAUACUGGAGGGAAAUUGAACGGCUAUAAUUGCAGAGAUAAUAAUUAUUUUAUAUGCGAACUGCCGAGGGAGUGCUACUGAUUGAUGACCCGCGAUCUGUUAAUUGAAGGCUGAUCUAUGCGUGAAAAAUGAGGAACAUUUUAUGGACAUUAUAUCAUUGUAGUUAUUCAAAUAAUUCCAUUAAUGAAUUAUUCUUUAUCACUUUGCAUGUUAUUUUUUCCCACUAAGUAUGCAAGUCGUUAAAUUAUUGGCAAAUAAUAUCCCGCCUUAAUGUUACCAAUUUCGUCUGUUUAACUUUAAUUAUAAAUCUUUUAAAAGAAGCAAUAGAAGAAAUGGAAUCUAUAAUAAUAUCAUUAUAUUGUUAUAUUUUACUGUGCUCAAUGCUUUCAACGGACAAGCCACGCUUUUUAUAGGUAAAAACUUUGUAUAUGCUUUGUUUCUUGAAACUAAGAUUAUUUUUUUGUUUGAUGAAGUUGACACUCGAUAAGAUGAUCGUGGAAAUGAAGAUAUCGGGCUUUAUGCAACGAGGAAAACGUCCGAUAUCUUCAUUUCUAAGAUUCUUUUAAUUAUUUAAGUAUAAAUAUUGCAGUUUUAAAUUGUUUUGUAAGAUUUUUAAUAUAGCAAAUAUUCAAUAUUCUAAAUAAUGAGUAUAAUCUUGGUAAAAAAGCUAUAUUUUAUAUAUACUAUUGUAGUUUAUUUGCCAUUGUUGUUGCAAUCACAUUGGUUAUAUUUAACGUAUUUUAAUUAUUGAGUAAUCUAUUUUUCUGAAUGCUUGGAAGACAAGAGAUAAUUUGUCUUUGCCGUAUAAUUAGUAUAUUUUAUUACGGGCA